AUGACAAUAAGUCCUUCGUUGUAUUCCCGCUUGGAUUCAGACAGCAAAAGCACCAUCGAAGAGGAGAGCGACGAUGGCUUAACGAAACCUACAGCAUGGUCCCUACAUAUCGCUCUAUUGUACUUCAUAAUCGCAUUCCUACUUCUUACCCAGAUUCUAUUGAUUACACUUAUGCCCAUGCCAACAAAACAGAGCCACUUCGGUUCUUACGAGACUGGAUUCCGAACAGAAUUGCGGGCUAGCCAGAACACAUUCACACUCCAUAGGGUCAAGUUCUAUGGAGGAGUUUUGCAUGAUGAGAACGGCACUGUUUCGCUGAGCCACAGACCUGGUGAGCCCGACUACUUUGGCACUCCUAGCCCCGAUAUCGAUUUGGCAUGGACGAAGCUUAUCAGUGCUCGUAUGAUCAAGAUAGAGCCAAAGGACUAUCCAGAAGAGGCAGUCAAGCUUUCUAAACAGGAUCUAGAUCCUCGUUUGGAACACCACACAGAUCCAUUAACAUAUCGUGUGGAAGCAAGUGGCUUACAUGCGCUUCAUUGCCUGAACUACAUCCGCAAGUCCUUCUGGCCUGAGUACUACAAGGGGUUCAAAGACCCACCUGAAAACGAAAGGGAUCCAAAGAAUCUCAUUCAUUCUGAUCACCUGAAGCAUUGCUUAUUGCAGCUUCAACAAGCUCUUAUAUGCCAGGCCGACUUGACACCCACACCUCGGACUUGGCGCCCAGCACCGGCGGGGAAGAAGGGACAUGGCUUGUUCCAUGCGGACGUAGAUCAGUGGCAUACAUGCAGGAAUUGGGAGGCGAUGAGGGAAUGGAUGCACCCGCUCCAAGAGAUUCGUCUUUGA